AUGAAGUACGUUUCCUACACCAUCGACCCGGGUGGUGAUGUCGAGCUUGUCCUCAAACAGCCAAACUCUCAGCAACUCAUCCCCUUUGUUCCCUCCGAUGAGCAUGCCGACGAGUAUGAGGAUCCUAUGAAUGAGCCAACCGUCGCUUAUCCUGACCUAGCUGCAAGAUAUCACGUCUUCGAUGAUCUUCUCUCUCCUGCUGAAGCUAAAAAAGAUCCUAGUCCCCUUGGCCACAGAUUCAACGCCCUCGUAAGCACCAUCAAAACUCGACGCCCUCCCAAGGCCAGAACGCCUCUCGAGGGUGAAGUGCGCAUGCGAGUAUCUUCCCGGCAUCUGAUUCUUGCAUCCCCCAUGUUACGAGCUAUGCUUGAAGGGCCCUGGAAAGAGAAAUCGUCGACUUCUUCCUUUUUCGGAACACCGCUCCGUCUAGUCACGGCCUCGCGUUGGGAUGCGGUGGCAUUUGCUAUCGUGGUUGAUAUCGUCCACGGCCGGCAUGGAGUGGUGCCUCGCAUCGUCGAUCUCAAGCUCAUGACUCGUAUCGCUACCAUAGUCGAUUUCUAUGCAUGCCAUGAGGUUGUCAAGAUCUUUUCCGAAACAUGGUACCAGAAUAUCGGCACCGAGUUUGAGGACGAGUAUUCCAAUCAGGCUCUCAUGUGGCUAUCUGUUUCUUCGGUCUUCCUCAACCAAGAAAUCUCGGGCAGAGUGGCCCGGAAUAUCCUUAAGCACAUGGGAAGCCCUCAGCUGAGUACCGAUCACCUUCCAAUCAAUGGAGUUCUAGCCAAGAUUGAAAACAAACGACAAGAGCUCAUUGGAACCAUUGUGUCAGAACUUCAAGACCUUCGCAACACUCUUCCCAACUCAGACUUUCUCUGCGACUGGCACAACUACCAUGACCCGACAUGCCACUCUAUCGCACUGGGCAUUUUGGAGCGAGAGCUGGACCGUGUUGGAGCAAGCAAGCGCCCCCUUGAGCCCCCUUUCAACGGUUACACUGUCGCGAGCAUGAUUCAACUGGUCAAUGACAUCCCUGAGUCGAUUGCAGCUACGACCCCGGGGUAUGAACACUAUCACGAUGUGUCGGUGUGCAGUGUCAGGGGAAGAAUGAGGCAUGUUCUUGGAAGAGUCAAGGCUGAGAUGGAUUCUUGGACUCUUGAUUUGAAGAUGGAUGGUCGAGGUGGUUGA